UAGUCUUCAUUCAUGUGGUGUUGUAGAUCAAAAACUUUGUGAAUAUGGUGAUCGCUAGGAUGUAGACUUCUAUCAAGUGCCCGAGAAUACGUCCACAUUAAUGAAAUUAGUGGACAAUGAAGAACGCUUCCAUAGAUUGCAGGGGGCGCGUACUUUGGUCCAGAAACAUCAGUAAUUGAAAAGGGUAACUGGUAAUGAUGGCAGACACACAGCAUUUUUGUCUCCGUUGGAAUAAUUACCAAAGUAGUAUUACAUCUGCCUUUGAAAAUUUGCGGGAUGAUGAAGAUUUUGUUGAUGUUACACUUGCUUGUGAAGGAAGAAGCUUGAAAGCUCACAGAGUAGUUCUAUCAGCAUGCAGUCCAUAUUUUCGUGAACUUUUAAAGAGUACUCCUUGCAAACAUCCUGUCAUUGUUCUGCAAGAUGUGGCGUUUGCUGAUCUACAUGCUUUGGUAGAAUUCAUUUACCAUGGUGAAGUGAAUGUGCACCAGCGCAACCUUACAUCUUUUCUCAAAACAGCUGAAGUCCUGAGGGUCAGUGGUCUAACUCAGCAAGCUGACGAUCGAGAUGAGUUCCACAAUAAUAUGCCAAAUAUGUUGCGUGGUUACAUGCAGCAUGGGUUCUCAGAUAAAGUUGGAGAGGAUGCAUUGUUUGCAUCGCCUCCAUCUCCUUCUCCUACUACCUCAGGCGGUGCUACUGUCAACCAACUGCUAAGGCGAGCUGCAGCUGCUGCUCUUGCAUCUUCCAAUCGUAGGGAGCGCCAUAACUCCUCUGCAGACCAUCGAGAUGCUGACCAAUCUCAUCACCCAGUCCAACCUAGCAAGCGUGCGCGUACAUCUGCGGCGGCCGUAGCUGCAGCGGCGGCAACCGCCGCUGCAGCUGCUCAGGGACUUGAGAGUAACAAUCAUAACAGCGAAACUACCUCAGCUUCUAAUAAUCAGGUUACCCCUACAGACUUCUCAACAUCUUCCUUGCCUAAAACCUCUCAACAAAGUUCAUCGUCCAGUUCGAGCAGAAAAGAACAAGAAGGAAAUAAUAUGGAACAAGAAUCUUCACCUUCCCCAACUAGUGGGCUGUUAGAUGGAGUCAAAUCUGAACCUGUGGAAAUGCUUUGUGCAAAUGCUGAUGUCGAAAAUAGCAGUGACUCUAUUGAAGCAGCACCUGAUCUCGGAACUGGACAGCAUCAGACACCUCAAGCCUCAGAAGAGCAACAAGACCAUGACAGCAUCCAAGGACAUCUUGCGACCUCCUACCUCCAACCCCAUGAAAGUAAAUUAUUUGGUUCUUCGACUCCUGACUGCAAGUUAUUUGGUUCUGCGACUCCGGAAAGUAAACUCUUCGGAUCUGUUACAUCAGGAGGAUCUUUUAACUUUAGUAUGGCUGCUCUCUCUGCUGAUCCUUCUGGUCUGGCAGGUCUGGCAAACCAGUCGCUACAGGGUGCAGAUGGAACAGCUGGAACAUCAUCACCAGAGCUGCUAGGAAGGGGCUGGGCUGGCGUGGGACACCCCUACUGCCCUCUGUGUCGCAAGAGCUUCACGCGCGCCUGGUCGCUCCAGCGCCACAUGGCAGACACUCACUUCUACGUGCCGCAGAGUUUCGAGUGCGAUGUGUGUGGACGCUCAUACCGAUCUCGCAACAGCCUUGUGAGCCACAAAUCACAGUAUCACGGUGGAACUGCGGGUUCUCGAUCUGCUGCAGCGUCCACCAAAGAAAUUACCGUGCCAACUGCUGAUGGGGUGUGCAAGUUUCAUCAGGGACACAGUGAUGGAUCUUUUAAAACUAUGAAUGAUAAUCAGACAGGAACUAGUACUUUCUCUGAAGUGAUGGGCUCAGAGACAGUGCAUGAAGGAGAACGCCCAUUUUGUGGUGGUGGUGGAGGAGUUCGUUCGUUUGCGCUGACGAAGCAGAGUGGUGUGAGUGGCUGUGGGAGUGGUCGUGGGUGGGGGAGCGAGGGCUCGGGACGACCCAGCAAGGGCACUCUCCAAUGCCCACAUUGCGACAGGUGUCUUCUGAAUCGAGACACGCUUGCACGACAUGUGUUGCACAUGCAUCAGGAGCCACUUUAUGCUUCAAAAUGCACAUUAUGUAAUCGUGAAUAUCGUACAAGGAACAGCCUCAUGGUCCAUAUGAGUCGGUACCACCGGAAGAAAGCCUCUCGGCCGUGGGAGGGCAGGGUGGACCCUUCCGGGGCAAGGGACUCUCUCUCUAGCACUGCAGCUGCUUCUGCAAACUCGACAGACAGCAGUGAACCGUUGUUGCAUGAAGAAACAUGUGUUGGAGUGGAGGACCCACCUGCCUGGUUACCGAUGCGAGAGAAAAUCCAAAAUGAGUUGAGAUUUGAAGCUGCGCGAGGAUUCAUAUGUCCUGAGUGUGGGAAAGUGCUGCGCAGCGCGAUUACUCUCAAGAGGCAUAUCCUCGACCUCCAUCGCAUGCAGACAGAGCAACUGCCUGAAAUUCCUAAAUUUGCAAGAUAUAGGGAUUGUAGAGGCUUACAAAUGCAAAGCCAAAAAAUAUGUGGAAGACAGUGUGCAGCACAAGCAAUCCGCGAGAACAGUACAGCACAGAGGAUAAUGCGUGCUCUUUGUCUGUUCCCGGUGGGUGCGGAAGAAGGUCCCAGCAGCCCACAGCCCCAGCACUUGCCUCCGCUGCAAGACGGCUCGUCUUGGUCAUUCACUCCCUCUAACCCUGCAACCCCCACUGAACAUCGCUGCGAUGUGUGUUGGAAGGUGCUGAGCACUAGAUUGACUCUAAAGAGACAUAAAGAACAGCAGCACAUACAACCUCUACAUAAAGCUGUUUGCACGGUGUGCAAUAAAGUAUUUCGUACAAUGAACUCUCUCAACAAUCAUCGCAGUAUUUAUCAUCGAUUGGUCAAGAAAGUUUUUCCUUGCCAGCUGUGCAGUAAAGUGCUUUGCUCUAAAGCCAGCCUCAAGCGACAUGUUGCUGACAAGCACGCUGAGCGCCAGGAGGAGUACCGCUGCAUCAUCUGUGGAGUACAAUAUCGCGUCCCUCCCCCCACGAGUGGAGGCAUUAAUGAACCUCAGGAAUGUCCUUAUUGCCGUCGCACGUUUUCUUGUUACUACUCGCUCAAGCGCCACUUCCAAGACAAGCAUGAACAUUCGGACACACUGUACGUGUGUGAAUUCUGCCACCGCCGAUACCGCACCAAGAACAGCCUGACCACUCACAAGAGCCUGCAGCACCGCGGCUCCAGUGGCAUGCUCAAGCGUCUGCUCAAGAACUCUGCCUUACAGAACGUUCUGGGGCAGCCACCAUUGUAGAAAGAAAGUUGUGUUGAGCACUGAGGAAGUUGUUCUUUCUGAGCAGCUGCAAGGAUUGGGCAGUGAAUGAUACCUUAUCCAUCUGACUGAUAUGUAGUAACAGUGGUUCCCAAACAUUGUUUUGAACUCAGGUAUAUUCCUCUGCACAGAUUUUGCUUAGUGUCACGCAUGAACCAUGUAAUACUUGUAACACAGUAAAAGUCAAAAGUGUUAUUCUUAUGUGCAUUAUUUUGAAAAGUGAUACUCAGAUAUAUUGUGUGCUCGUGUAUUACAUGGUUUUUGCACAUUGGGAUGUUGAAAGGAAGGAAGGAAGAAAAUAGCUACCUCUUUUUGAUAAGUCUGCUUUUCAGGUAUAAUUUAGCCAUAGCGUUGAUGGUGUAGAGUUUGGGAAUUACUGUUUUGAAUCCAUCUUGCAUAGAAUCCUGUGAGCUUAGCAUUUUACAAUAUUCAUGAAAUUGCAUUUGCGACAGUCAUCAGCCUUCGCUGGCUACAUUUCCUGUUUUAUAAGUUCCUUCCCACCCACUUUUACCUAGAUGUUUCUUUUACAUUACUUCUGGGUGGUGUUUUGAAGCUUUGAUCUCGUGCAACUGAUUCUUGAAGUUGUAAUCUUACCUUCGAAAGUAUUUUGAUUCUGUGAUUUUGAUAAAUUAUGUCAAGGAAUGUCCUGGCCCAGAAUUUAAGUACCUAAUUAGUAAUGGAUUUUCUUAAAUUUCCAAUGCGUGUGAUAAUUAUUACCUAUCUCACAGGCAAAUUUGGAUUAAUUGAAUAAAAUUUUAGUCUUAAUUUAAGUGAGCGAAUGUUUUUUCGAUAGUUAUUGGAUAACUAGUGAACUUACUUUUCUAACAUAUUCAUUUGUUGAAAUAUAUAAUUUGUCACUAAUAGCUUUUUACAACAUUUGUUUGUUGUUUAAGAAAUUUUAUGAAUAUUUUAGUAUUUUUUAUCAGUAUUCUUUCUUUGAAUUGCAACAAAUCACAACUACAUUUUAUUUUCUCUUCAAAUUGGUGUUUUUUAAUGUGUGCAUUUCGUUGGGAUGUAAGUUUGCAACCUUAUUUAACAUCAGUGGUAAUUAACACUAGAGAAACUGAAAACAAGAAAGUAAAAAUAUGAUAGAAACUUUUAAUUCUGCUUAUGGUGACAAAAAAAGCAGAAAAGUGUCAAGAUAUUGAAUGUUCAUUCGAUUAGAACUUCUAUUGGUGUAAAAAUUCUACAUAAAACUCAUCUGAAUUUGCAGCACUGUUUAUGUAGGCUCUCGUUUUCUGAUAUUACAUAUGUGUAUAUUUCAAAUCUUGUUUGUGUGGAAUAUGUUCUUUGGAGAAAUCAGGUUCAUGCUGUAAUGAAAUUAUUUGAUGAGCUACAGGUUAUCUCAGUUUUCCUGUUUAAUUUGUUUAACCUUUUAGCUAUUUUGCAGAUCUAAAUUUUUAUUCACAUUCAUUUUCAUUUGCUUUCAGUUAUAAUCAUGAAAUGGUUAGGCUGGUGACUGUACGAUCUUGAAAUAUGUGUCUAAGAUUGAUAUACCUCUAGCCAGGUUCACAGGCAAUGUUACUUUCCAAACUACAAAAAAUGCUUGUGGCAUAUAUGUAUCACAGUCCUCCAUGGUUCAAAAGUACAAAUGUUGGCCAAUACCACUAUUUUUUUAGAUAAUCUAAACUCUUGGAAUUUGAAGAAAAAAAAUCAAGAACAUUCAUAAAUUUUUGAGAUGAUCUGUUAUUCUGUGAGGUACUAAAUUUCAUUGCUUACAGCAUUCGUUUUUAUACUGACAAUACACUAUAGAAGAUAUUGAGACUAUUACUAAGUCGAUGCAGUGUUUCACCAUCCAGCAAAUAGUUUUAAAUCAUAUAUUUUGAAACAAAAUAAUAACAUUUUACUGAAGUGUAAAUGCUGCUUCCCAGUGAAGAUAUGAUUCCCAAUAUUGCUUGGCAAUGUUUUUGUCGCAUUAUAUGUUGUUUUAUAUAACACCCUUUGUAAUAGAAGUAUUAUUUUAUAUUUAAUUCCAUUGCUUGUACAGUGAAAGAAGGCAAGAAUAUAUUUCAAACUUAAUUACAUCAGAUUCUAUGAAUUUGUUUGUCAGUAGAAUGUUAGAAAUUUUAAAGAUAUGUAUGGCAUCAUUAAGAAUAUUUUCUAUAUUUAAGUAUAAUAAUUUCGAAGCAUGAUCAUAUCAUGUUGAGCAAAUUUACGGGUACGGUUACACCAGAUUUCACAAUCUUCUUACACUGUCUUAAUUCAUAAUUUACUGCUACUCUACUGUAUUGCUGCUUUUUCUGUAACUGCCAUGUAUAAUGCAUGUCUUACGUUGUGGAACAUGCAUUAUGACAUGGAAGAGGAGGCCAGUGCUAUAUGCUGAAAUUCUGCUGCAAUUCAUAUUAUUUCAGGGAUUUUUAUAACAAGAGCUUUCUGUGUCAGGGAAGAUUAUUAUCUUAUAUGAUAGCAGCUAUCAGCUUUUCUUACAUACAAUAAUUUAUUAAAUAUUAAUUGUCUGCUGUAAUGCUUCAGUUUAAGUUUUUGACAAGUCAUAUUUGCUAGUGUAUUUAUCAUAAUUUUCUCAACUUUCCAAUGUCAAGUGCUGUAAAUUAUUUAUUAACAUGGUGUCUAAGAAUGUUGUCAAUAAUGCUUAUUGCACGAAAUCAUUCAAAGUAGAGUGACAAUUGCUUUAUGUUUAAAGUAUAUGAUGAAUUAUAUCACAUAUCACAUUUUUUCUGGUGCUUUAUUUCAGUCAUAUUAUUGAGUAGUGGUACAAAACUGCAGCUUAAUGAUUAAUAAGAAAUUUAUAAGAGUGGUUGUGCGUAUAUACCUUUUGCAUUGAAAAUAGUUGUUUUUUAUUGUUUCACCAACAAUAUUCUUUAAAGUAAAUUUUAUUUAGUCAGUUAAUUUUAAAAUAAUGUAAUGAAUUUCAUAUGUACUAGGAGGUUGAUAAUAGCUUAUUGUGAAAUCAGAUAAAUUGAGAAAACUAUUGCUUCUAGGAAAAUACCCAGCUUUCUUUCCUAUCUUAUUAGUAAGUGAUUCCUCAAAAAAUUGAGAGUAACAUAGGUAAUAUAAUGUGAACACAAAUAAUGAACGGGUGUGAUUUAUCAAUUAAACGUUUUGAAUUAUCUCUACUUAGUAGCUAUGUCCGUAAAAGAGACCUUUGGCAUUGUUCAAAACUCAGUUUGAUUCAGACAACUGUUAAACAGCUUAAUUGGCUGAUUAAUAGGAAGAUUCUUUUUUAUUUCUAGAAGUCUGUUUUCAGUUUUGUUAUUCACUAUCUCAUUUGCAAAAUAAAUUCCUGUGAAGAUUCAAAAAGUAAAUAAAUAAAUAAAAAAGAAACAAUAAAUAAUGCAACAAUUUUCUGAAAAUUAAUUCUGAGAAACUUGUGUGCAAUAUUUUUGAAGGAUUUUCUUUUUAUAUGUGUUCAAAGAGGAACAAUGUUAGGAAACAAAGCUGGGAAAAUUGCCUCUGAUUUUUUUUUAUUCAUUCAUUUAUGUUUUCCCCUUUUAAUUUUUAAAAUAGUUUCAUCAACAUAUAGCAACAUUAUUUUUCUCUGAAAAAAUUGAUUUUAUCACUGGAAGUUUUUCAAUAACUUGAGUUUUAGAGGACAUGUGAUGAGUUCCUACCCAACAGUGAAUGAAGAUACCGCAUAUUCAUUUUAUUGACAAUUAAAAAUGGAGAUAAGCUGGUAUGAAGACACUUUCCAUGUGAAUACAUGUAGCAAGUACAAAUUUAUGUUAUUACUAUGUUACACUACUAUUGAAGAGAAUUUGUGUAUCAUUAAUGUGAAUUUGUCUCUGCUGCAACACUUUUGCUAAGCAGGAAUUCAAAAGUGAAGUGCUGGAUAGAUCUUGAACUAAAUUGUUUCUGAGAUAUUUAUUGCAAACCUCUAUAAGAAACUUUUGUGUUUUGAGACAGUUGCUAUUUAUAUGCACUGAUUAUUUAUUUUUGUAGUUUAUAAGCCGUUGUGACUUUCUUAAUUCAGUGAUUAGAACUAUUAUAUUAUUAUUUUUAUUUUUGUUUUGACCUUCUCUGAACCAAGAAACAAGAUGUGUUUGAGAAUUGUGUUAUAUUGAUGCCAGAAGAGAUGUAAUGAACAUCGAGGUAUGUAUUCAUUCAUAAAAUGAUUCUGUGAGAUGCAGACAGUUUGGUGGUCUGGAGAAUAUUGCCUGAACUUGUGCUUGUGCAGAGUGAUGCCCUACGUACAUGACAUUAUGUAUCAUACUGAAUAGAAAGGAACAGGAAGAACUAUUUCUUCAUGGAAGAGAAGCUUAAUAUUCAAUUUUCAAGUGGUAGUGUAUGUGCACACCGACUGAUUUAUUCAAGUGCAAGAAGUCUUCGUUUUAAAGAAGCUUGUCGACUUUGACGAUUGUGGGUAAACAGUACAUUGUUUUCCCUUGGGUUACAGAGUUUUAAUAAAUAUCUCAUAAAUUAAUGAUAAGAUGUUUGUUGCGGAAAAUGAGUGGCUUGGUGUAUAUGUUAAUUAUGUAAUGUUUCUUGACAUUGUUAAUGCAGUUACAACAGGAUUGAAAAUUGCUGUGAAAAAGGAGAAAAAAUAAAAUAACAUUCAAAGACAUGUGAAUGUAACAACAACAGUAAUAAUAAGUACAUAGUGAAUGUUUUAAGUAAUGUAUUAGGUGAUGCUAGGGUAGUGUAGCAGAUAUAUUAUCCUUGAGAUGAGAAUUCAUUCCAGAUGUUAUGUUUCGUGUUUGGUCUGGUAAAUGGUUCAGUAUGGUAGAUUGAUAGUUUUGAAUGUUGGUUCUUGGUAAGAAAUAAUUGAUAACAUGUCUAUACAUGAUGCCAUUUAAGCAAAUCGGAUGUUCUUAUUAAUUAUCCUGUUGGAUGAUUGAAGAUUGAUUAUUGAUUGCCAUGUUUAAAAAUUUGUCAAGUGGAAAAGUUUUGAAAUUUUCAUAAAUAAUUAUACACACAUUUCAUUUGAUCAGCCUUUCUGAACUAAAGUACAAAACUAUCUUAGGGUUUUUAAUUGAUCCUACACUGCAGACAUCAAUAGUAACUUGUUCUUUUUUUAAGGAAAAUAUAAAUUAUUAUUGCCAGGCAGGGAGGGUGUCCUUUUCACUCAAUUUAAUAUGUGCCAAGAAAUAUGUAUAUAAAUCUAUGUAUUAGCAUUUUGAAUUGAAUUUUGGGGCCAUUCAUAAAUUCCUCUCAUAUAUACAUAUAUUUAGGAUAAACGUGUCAUUAUUUUCUGACAAUUGAGAAUUAUGCCUUCUGACAGGACGUUAUUGUUUCUGUAGUACAAACAUUUUAUCCCGACUCAAAUCAGCAUAGUGCCUCCACUUGUUGGGUUCUCUUCUUCCAACGUAGCUUAUGAUGUAUAAGGUACAAUAUAUAUACAUAUAUAAAUUUAUUAAAAUAAAUAUAUCAGUGUGGGCAUGCUAUCUCGGAUUGCCAUGGAAUGAUGUUAUUUGGUUUUUAUUAGAAGUUAUGCUUGGAAACAAAGGAAUUUGCACGGACAUGCAAAUACUACAUUGUUAAACGUGUGUGUUUUGAAUUUGUGAUGGUUCCCUGAAUAGUGCUUUUAAGGAUGGUGGAGAUUGCUGGUCACAUGCCUUGAUAAUUAGUUCAGCAUUACAAAUUUCAAAAACAUCACUUUAAUUAUAUUUUGUAGGAAAGGCCUAACACAGUGAAAUAAAACCUUGGCAAUCAUGAAGCAGUGAAACUGCUAAUGUUCUUUUACCUUGUCUGUGUGCUGCCUUUUUCUGUACUAUGUUAAACACUUUGAACACCAAGUAUCCAAACAUACAUUUCAAGCAUGAGAUAUUUUUGUAUGCAGUAAAAUAUGCAUCAAUGCCUACAAGUACAAAUAAGCUUGAUGACACAUUCAAGUAUAACUGUGGUUAGAAGCCAAAUAAUAUUAUGGUCCUUUUUAAAACUAGUAUUGUGUUCAUAAAGCAUCUCUGUAAAAAAAAUGUACACGGCUGGGAACUGAUGAGUAAAAACCGCUCAUCAUUUAAUCUUGUGAGUGUGCACAUUAUUUUCAUUAUGUAUGCAGAUAUAUGGUAUUUCAUAUUAUGUAUAUCAAAAAAUGUGUUUGAUGUUUAGUCUGCAGUACCAUGCAAAAAUGUGUACAAUUCUCUGUGCUUGUUCUCUUUGUAAAAUAACAUACAAUUGAAGUUUAUGGAUGGUCCUCUCCAGACUUAAUGUGUUUUCGAAAUUUGUGAUUUACAUUUUAGUCUACAAGUUAACUCUUUUUAAAAGGAUAAGAUAGCAAAAUAAUUUCCAAUGGCAUGCAUAAUAAUUAUGAAAUUGGUGUUGUGCUUUUUCAUCGACUUUCGAUUGUUAUUGAGCAAUGUACAGUAUUUAAUGAGUAUUACUUUUAAACAAAGAAAAUUGAAUGUUGAAUGUAAUGGAUUUUUAAGUAGAUAUUUGAUUUAAGUAUAGUAAAUAUAUUAUAUAUAAAUAUAUAGUUAUGUGAUUCAUUAUUAAAACAUGAAACUAUUGAAAAGGUUAUUGAAUUGGCUUGGUAAUGGGAUUCAUGUGGAAGGCUCAUUGUUUACUUUGUGUGUAAAAUUUCCAUGCCAAUUAGAUGGAAAUCAUGUGCUGUCAGUAAUAUUUUAUUUAAGUUAUUUUAUCUGCAUUUUGCAUGAAAAUAUUUGUUUCAAGGUUUCAGACAAGUUAUCUGUAAAUUUUUGCAAGUACUUGGCCAUUCUUGUAUUUAAGUUGUGUGUUCUCAGAUGAUUUAAUGAAUUUGUGCUUAUGUAAUGAUGGAAGAGAAAUGGUGCUGUGAAAUUUCUAAGGCCUUUUAGUGGUUUCUUUGUAAAGAAAAUGUCAUUAACAAGUUUAUUUGUCAAAAAUAACAUAAAAUUAUUUCAUUAAAAUUAUGCUUUUGUGAUAAAUGUGUACCAAAGACUUCGCAUUUAUUUGAUUUGAAUACAAUAACGUGAACUGGAAUUGUUUACCUAAUUGAUUGUGAUUUUUGAAAAGUGACUGAAAAUUUUCUAUUUAAUGUACUUAGUUGUUAUUUUAACAUUUUUUUUAAGUAGAGACUUCAUAAACCAAUAGAUAUGUCUCCAAUUGGAUGAUAUUGAUAUUUUGAUGAAGUCCGACAGUUUUUAUCUCUUAAUUAUUCGUAUAAAUAAAAAUAUUAUUUAUUGUUUUUUGUGGCAUUCAUGACAUUUGAUGGUGGAAUUGGAUUCAAUUACAAUUGUUAAAACUGUUCUUAAAUGUGGAAGGGUUGUAUGUUAAAUUAUGUAGGUUAUGAAUUGCUGGGCAGCUUCGUGAUGUAACCUUGUGUUUUAAAAUGAGUGAUAUAAUAGUAGAUUAGAAUUUUUCAUUUGCAUUCAAAUUAAAGGAUCUCAAAUUUCAAUCGAAUUGUAUUGUCAGACGCACAUGUACUUUAAACAAUUACUGAUACUAUUUCAGUUGACUGAAUGAUUAAUUUUAUGACCAUAAAACACUGCAUGAAAUUUCACACUUGUUGAUGUGUGUACAACAGAAUUGUGGGUUGUAAAUAUUUUAUAUUGUGGUGAUAAAAUGUAAGUUAAAAUAGAUGUGAAGGAAGUCGAAAGCGAUGAACUUCUACAAGCUCAUCUGGUAUUCAGAGCUGUAUCUGUUCCCAUUAGUCUUGGGUUUGUGUAGAUUUAUGAACUUUUCAGUAUAGAGGCAUGGUACCACUUUCAUAAUACAAUAUAUUUGUGUUAAGUGUGUUUAAUACUGGUACUCAUCUGAUGUUCCAUGAAUCCAAGAUGUAAUCUGGUUUUCUGAGAAUCAUAUGGCCAUCUCUCUACCACCAGCUUGCUUUAUAAAUAUUUAAUUCUUGUUCAUGAUAUAUGAAAACUAACAGGAUCAGAAAAUCACCUUACUUGGUUCACUUUGACUGGGAUGGAUAUUUCUGAUAAUUAUUUCUUUGUAUUCCUCUCCUCUUUUUGGAAGGAAGAAUCUAAUCCAGGGUUAAUAAUAAUGCCAGUUGUGAAUGUUUCUAAUGUCUAAUGCACAUUUUUUCACUAGAUUUAUAAACAUUUGCUGUACUUGCCAUAUUCACAGGUUUUUGACUAAAUGAAAUGCACUUAUUCUUGUACACGUUACAGUACAAUUUGUGCAUCUUGUGAGUGCUGGAUUACUGACUGUGCAAUACAACGUAUGUAUGCAGUAGUCCAGUGGACUUAGAUUGAGCACUCUAAUGAAUCAGGCAAUUAUAACUUUGAAGUGACAAAGUAGGAAAUAUUGCCAUUCUAAAGUAUAAACAUUUUGGUAUGUAGUUGGCACGGUUAUGUAUGUAUCUGAUUCUUGUUAAUGUAGAGGUCAGAUAGUUGAUAUUUCAGCAAGGGCAAGUUUGUUCAUGAGCUUGUAUUUCCCACUAGCAAAAUGAACCAAGUUUGGUAAAAGAUAUUUUCUUGACAUGUUGGUUGCUUGAUGAAUGUUUUAUAAAAUAAUCAAAUGCAGUAAACAUGUUAAUGAAUAUUAUCAGUGAAUAUCAUUGUAUUUAUCAGAGACAUAUCAUUGUUGUGUGAUUGUGUAUCUUUGGUAUUGUUUGAAAAAUUUGUAAGUAUAAUGUAGACUUCGCUUUUGAUUUCAUGAUAAGAGAAUUGUGUACAUACAUCUAUCUUGUAAAAUAUUGUACAGAGAUAUGAAGUCCUUCCUGAAUUUUAUGUUAUCACUUUCUCAGAGUUUUAACAAUAUUUGCAUAGCCUUACAUGAUGUGUCUUACAUGUAUAUGCAUCUCUUGAAGUCACAUUGUGUGUGCAUUUGAUAAGUUCAUUUCUGUAAGUUUUUCAUAUGUUUUGAACUUAAAAUGUUAAUUUUUGAUUAAACUCAAACUUAUCUUUCAUAUUGGCAACAAAUACCUUCAGAACAAGAACGGCCUUUUCAACUUGGUAAUCUUAUUUUGUAGGUAAAUUCAUUGGAAGUUUGGUGAUGGUUUGUGUAACCAAUGUGUUUCCUAGAAGCAUUGCAAAUUUUACAUUUAUGUAGCUCAUUUAAUUCUUUGUAUGAAUUUUAAAAAUGAAGGACUUUAUAUCAUGUGUCCAAAAAACUAUUGCAGAGUCACAUGACUUUGUGAAAAGCUUACAAUGUUUUGAUAUUUCCCCAGUAACUGUGGAAAUGGCAUGAAAUGCAUAAUUUUUGACAGAUUGCUGCAAAUGGUAUAUUUAGAACUAGGAUCUUUAACAAUAGACAUCAUAUAUUUUUUUUGUAAAGGGGCAGGGUUACUUUAGUUCCAACAAGGCCUUCCACAAAAUAUAUUAAUUAAAAGUAUUCAGUAGUAUAAGUUUUUAUAUAUUGUAAAUAUUUGAGGUAAACACUUUUAUGAAAAAAAUUACUUUGAUUUUGUACAGAAUAAGACCAUGAAUUUCCAUUUUACAAAACAUAUAAUGUAUUAUUUUUAAAUAGUUCCUGCUUAUUGCAUUUACUUUGCAAUACAACAUCAGGUAGCUUUCAAUUUGGCCUUGAUGUAUUACAAUACUUCAUGAUGUAGGAUAGGAUUGUAACUGUGACUCAUGCAGUUGUGUGUAGAAACAUGGAGAUGUUGGAACUCAAAGACAUUUAGUAAUAGUUUAUUUUAAUUUGAGUAUUAUCUACUUUAGUUGUGAAUAAGGGGACCUAUUUUGUUUAAUUAUUAGGACAUACAUUUUUGUCUGGGUCUUCUGUCAUUGAAGUGUUGAUUAAGUCAUUUAAUUUGCUUUAGGCUAAUAUUUCUUGGUUAAAAGUAUAACAUAUUUUAUUUUCUCCCUUUUUUCAUAUUUUGCUAGCUUUUACAUUUCUCCAAAACCGAAUUCGAUGUGUAUUGUCUGCAGAUAAAUUAAUUAGUGAAGGUAGAUGUAGAAAAUACAAUUUUUUAAGAAGAAAUUUCGAGUUCUUUUCUACAUUUAUCUUCAUUUUUGUUUUUCUGAGACAGACUUGAGGAGGUUUGGUUUGUCAAUGGUAUGCUGCAGUACAAAUAACAAAUCAUAGUUCCAAGUAGACAUUAAGGAUUGUCUUGUUUGAUAUAGACAGAGGAUAUGAACUUAUCAAUGUAAGUAAAAUGGACUUUGAUGGUCUUAUAGAUCUAUAUAAGCAUAUUUAAUCUUUGAACUUCAGGAUUUAAUAGAGCAGUUGUAUAAACAAUCAACCACAAGUUAUCUUACCUAAACAUUACAAUAGUUUUCAGAACAAAUGUCAUUCCAACAAGAUGCCUUUUUAAUCAGUACAAUUAUCCAUGUUUUACCACUCAGUGACCACUGUGAAAUAGAUGACAUUCGGGUAUGUUCUUGUAUACCUCAACUCACCUCAGAAAGUAAACCAUAGUUAACCUCAUGACAAAUACUGGUACAUAGAUGCAUACAUACAUACAUACAUACAUACAACUUUCUAAGAAAGAAGAUAGCUAUUGUUCCAUUAUUUUUUCUGUUCUUUUGUUUUGAUAUAAAAUUUAUACUGGAUGAUAAUAAUUAUAAAAUAGGCAUAUCAGGAUAUUUAGCGCGAAGCGCAUUUCACGUAGUGACACUGUAUUAUCUUACAAUAAUAGUUGGUGUAAUAAUAAAACA